AUGGUGGCGUGGACCAGCCGAUGCUUGACCUGUAGGCAGAGACGGGUCAAGUGUGACCAACAAUGGCCAGUGUGUGGCGAGUGCCGGAGGAACAAGAGACGAUGUCCCAGGCCACCAGAACAGCUCAAGUUCCACGCGGAGAAUGUCAGACGAUUGUCUCUGCAGACGACAUCCACCGGUGUCAUACGUUCAUCACCAUCGUCCGUAGGUCGUCCGGUGCCGGCGAAUCGAGCGACCAAGAUCGGCGCGGAUCUCGUACGAGUGGUCAUCAUGACCUUGGGAAAUUCGAGUCUGUCGAAACUGUUAGCGCACACGCCCGCCAUGUUGGAUGACUCAUCAGCUCUGACAGCGGCGGUGGCGUGUCUUUCGGACACGCGGAAACGACAAAUGUUGGCGACCGCCGGACCCAAAGUCGACCCAAUACUGUAUGGUCAUAGCCUACGUUGCCUUAGGAUGGCAUUGGAAGAUGUGGUGCUGUUAAAGAGUCGACAAACCUUGCUCGCAACCAUAGUCAUGGCUCAAAUUGACGCCGCGACCUUGACAACCACACUACCCAAUCUACAAGCCACUUGGUCGACUCAUUUAUCAGGAGUCGGCUUUCUACUCGAACAUCAAGGGGUCGAGACAGUGGGAGACGACUUAACCUCGGACAUUCUCACCGAUGUCCUCCAACCGUUGGCCGCUCAUUUUUACAGUCGACAUCAACCCUUUUUUCUUGGGUCCCCCAAGUGGAAGGUGGCGUUCUGCGAACGGCCGGCAGAUUCACUCUGUCAACGGUUGUCGGUCAAAAUCUUUCGAAUCAUGACCGUGUGGCCUGACGUGAUGGGAGGCUUACGAGGUUACCACUGUGGAAAGGUAGAAUUCGACAGUGUACUGUCAAAAGUCAUGUCCAUGUCGGCCACGCUCGAAUCGAUGGAAGGACAGGUGCAGAUGAUCCUGGCAGAUUCGGCGCAGGUUCGUACAAGACCAGCCACUGCCAAAGACUCGCCCGUCGACGAGGUGUAUCAACUCGACGACUCGACCAUCCCUCGAGUUUGUUGUUACCACGCCCUCUGCACCAUUGUCACGCUCAACAUGUUGGCCGCACUUCAAGGGUGGACUGCGGAAUUGCGGGAGCAUGCGGCCUCGGUGAGCCAGAGGAUUUGGAUGUGUCACGAGUACGUCCUCGGCGUGGGGAUUUUCGGCCUGCAUUACUACCCCACGGCACUCCUGCUGUCGUACGACAGCGCCGAAUCCGACCGAGUCCGAGAUUGGAUCGUAUCCCUAUUAAAUCAUCUCCAGGGAAGGACAAACCCAGCCACCGAUGCCUUGUGGACGAGAGACGAGCUCGCCGCCAGGUGCUUCGCCGUGAGUGGCAGGCAGUCUUCGGGGGUGGAACAUUAG